AUGAUUAGGCAUGGAGAAAAGCCGGGUGAUGGGGCAAAUAAUCUCUCUGCUCAAGGGGAAGCAAGAGCGCAGCGCCUUCGUAACGUUUUUGGAAAGGAAAGCGGGUUUGAUAUUGGCUAUAUCAUUGCCGAACGCCCUAAUAAAGGUCUGAGCUACUCCUACUACUUUGAUUCUCUUUGUGGCGACCAACUACGUAGCACUCGCUCUUUGCAAAUAGAAUGCUUUGUGCUUUAUUAUCAAAACUAUCUAGAUGGUUCCAGGGAACGCCCGUAUGAAACUGUGCAACCUCUGGCCGACGAUUUGGAGGAUUUCGAUGUGAAAUUUAACACGGGUAUUGAGAAAGACGACGCCGAAGGCGUCGCUCGGGCAGUGAAAGCGUAUCGUGGAGAAGGGAAUGUCCUUAUUUGCUGGGAACAUCAUAAACUUUCCGAUAUCGCAAAAGCUAUUAGCAUAAAAGGGUUCGCGGAGAGUAGUGGCUGGUCUGGCAAGCUUCAAUACCCAGACUCACGUUUUGACCUUAUUUGGGUCGCACUAGCCCCUUAUGACGAGAUAACACAAGUUCUUAUUGAGGAUAAGCUCUAG